UUUUUUUGGGCUAACAGCUUCGAGCCCAUGAUGCCCAGAUUUGUUUGAGUUGGAGAAGAGUUGGAUCCUUAAGACGGUUUCUUUGAUUGUCGUCCCAUUGAUUUCCAACUGAGCAAUUGCUCAAUCCGUCCACCAUGGCGAUCCAUGCCACCAUCUCGAAACUUGGGCCCUCACGAACAACCAUAUAUUCGAGAUGCCUUAAUGCACAACGGUCCCUCCAAGUUCGAAAUGUUGCUACGACGUACCUCAAAAAGGUUGCAGAAGGCGAGGAAAGAUGGAAAGAGAGGGCAGAAAGGAUUCAGAAUGGCGAGAUUCCACACACAUGGGAUGUUCUUCAAGAACGAGGAUAUAUCAAGGAUGUGGCAGGAUCCCCCGAUAAGAUCAAGGAGAUUAUGCGUGUCCGUAGAAUAGGCUCCUACGUCGGUAUCGAUCCCACCGCCGACUCGAUGCACGUCGGUCACUUGCUACCUCUAAUGCCCAUGUUCUGGAUGUGGUUCCACGGUUAUCCUGCUGUCACAUUGAUCGGUGGCUCGACUGCCCGUAUUGGUGAUCCUACCGACCGACUCGAGAGCCGAACGAUUCUUUCCAAUGCCGAUAUUUCCAAGAACAUCACAAAGAUUCACGUCCAAUUGACGAAGUUAUGGAAAAAUGUCCAUGUAUUAAAGCAGAAGUACGGAUAUGAGGAGGACUGGGCUGCCACACAUCGGUUGUUGAACAACAACAUGUGGCUAGGGAACCUUACUCUUUAUGAUUUUGCCAAGAGGAUAGCCAGACAUACAAGAAUCGGACCUAUGCUGGCAAGGGAUACUGUUAAGCGAAAGAUGACUGAAGGAGACGGUAUGUCUCUCGGCGAGUUUAUGUAUCCUCUUCUUCAAGGGUGGGAUUUCUGGCAUAUGUACAACAAACUUGGCAUUCAGAUGCAGAUUGGAGGCUCAGAUCAGUAUGGCAACAUCACUGCUGGAAUCGAUGCCCUCAAGACCAUUCGCGAGACCGAAGAGGCACCCCACCUGAAGAUGCCUUCAACCUGGGAUCAUGAGCCAGUAGGUUUCACCGUGCCUUUAUUAACAGAUUCUGCCGGCAACAAGUUCGGUAAAAGUGCUGGCAAUGCUAUAUGGUUGGAUGAGUUCAAGACAACGGCAUUCGACUUGUACGGUUAUUUUGUUCGAAGGUCUGACGAGGAGGUUGAGAAUUUGCUCAAGAUGUUCACAUUUAUGCCUUUGGAGCAGAUCUCCAAGCUCAUGGAGGAGCACCGAGCAGCUCCCCAGGAGCGAAAGGCACAGCAUACUUUGGCUUUCGAGGUUCUUUCACUUAUUCACGGAUCUCAGAAGGCUGUUCAGGAAGCCAAGCAGCACGAAUUCCGAUUUGGUACCAAGCUACCUCGCGGUAUUGUCAACGAGCCCACGGCAGAUACUGGCAUCGUCACCGUCAACAAUGCUCCAAGAAGCGAUAUUCAACUUCCCCGCUCCAUCAUGGGCAUGUCGCCGGCAAAGAUUCUCCACGCUGUUGGUCUCGCAUCCAGCAGCAGUGAAGGUCAGCGUCUGCUCUCUGCACAAGGCGCCUAUAUCGCCGCGCAGCCUGGUCAGAAGAGGGGACUCGUCCCCGGCAAUCUGUCCUGGACUCCCAUGAAGGCUUGGUUCCCCGAAGAGACUGCCAAGUUCCUCAUUGACGAGCGUAUGCUCAUCAUGCGCAAGGGCAAGCACAACGUCCGAAUCGUCGAGCUCAUCAGCGAUGAAGAGUGGAAGAAGAGCGGCCAGAUCUACCCUGGCCAGCCCGGUACUGGUCUCCUGCGCAGAAUGAAGGAGGAGCUGAAGAAAGAGAUUGAAGCGAAGGGUAGGUCAGUAUCAGACAAGGAGCUUACUGAAAUUGCCACGAGGAAGAAAGACCAAUUGAAUGUUGCCAAUAACUCAGAUAUUGAGCUGCCCAAUAAGCACGAUGUGCGUGAGAGGCGGGCUCGACUUACAUGGGAUAGGAGAGACAAAUGAGGGGCUGCCUGCGCAGGAUCGGCUUGUGUUUGCCGUGUAACAUAACACUGUAGUAUAUUGUAAUCUGCAUGAUACCAUAGAUAUGAUGUAAAAUGUUAAAAAUGAUGGGUAUAAAAGUUUGAAACUGGAUCUAUCUAUAAAAGACUGCCAAGUCCCCCUUUGGAACUGGCAACUUCUUGAGUUUCUCCAUAAUUUCACUGUCCGUCAUGUUCUGCUCUGUGAUAAUUUGGUCAAAGUGGUGACAGCCAUCCGUAUACUUCUGCAGUGGAUCUCCUCCUGGGACAGGCCGGCUUUGGCCAGAGGCCAAGGCGGCAAGAUAUUGCUUAGAGACGACGAAUUUGUGAACGCGGUAUAUGCAACCUUUUAUGACGCCGAACUGAACAAAUCUGCGAACGUCAACGAAGCGGAGGACCUCGAAUCCCGUGUCUUGGUGCCCCUUGAGCCAUUCCAUGACGGAUUUUCCAGGAGCAAAGGUGGACAUGAGUUUGAUAAGAUGAUAGUUGCUCACAAGGCCGCGUCCGUGAGAUACAUAUGCAGCACACUCAUCAACCAUCCCGUCAACAUUUCGGAUAAAGUCAUGAAUCCCAGGCCGUGGAGCGUAGCAUGCCGUGAAAAAGAACAUGUCAAGAAGUAGAAUAGUGUCGUAGUAGAGGAGAUGGCGGAGUGCAGUUUUUGCUAGCUCAAGAGAGACAGAAGCAGCGUGAGCGAUACGUCGAACAUCAGAAACACCGUCGAUGUGAGAUAUGACUUUCUGAAGGGUGAGAUCCCAGGUCGGAUCCAUAAUGUCCGAGAAUUUGGCUUUUGGGACAGGGACAUGCCAGCCUCGAACCCUAGGAGGAUCCAUGUGGUGAGGGAAGAGCUUCAUGUUGAUAGUAUUGGCUUCGUC